AUGGCACAGAAUCGAGAUGGGCCGGAUACCACAUCUUUGAGACCACUUUCGGCACUGCGAUCGCAGUUCGAGAGCCUAGGGAAGGACGAUGCCGCACCUCCGUCGCCCGUCGGGCAGAAGCCAGCAUGGCUCAGCGCACAAAAUACAGGAGCGAGACCGAAGACUGCUGGAGGAGAAAGCAGUGCAGUCGGGACGGGAUCGAGUACCGCUGGGGCUCCUGUGGUACCGACGACACCGAUCGCACCGACAGCACGAAAGUUGAAGCCAGGCCCGCCUCCACCACGACCCUCUUCUAUCAUGUUCAAUACACCACACCCGCACUCUCCGCCUUUGGUCACAGUGGACUCCCCUCGAUCACCGCAGAAGACAUUCUCGAUCGAUAUGCGCUCGUCCACAUCCCUUGGCAGCACUCCGGUCCAACCUCUAACACCACAACGAACGUCAGAAUCGCCCAAGUCUCACUCGCGGAAUAUCAGUAGGGCUGCUACUCCCGCGCUGGAAGCUCGAGCAGCUGCGUUCUUGCAAUCUGCAGAUUCACCUGUCGCCAAAGAUGCGCCUCAACUCCCGGCACCGAAUUUCAAUUUAAAGCAGGAGCCUAAGAAAGAAGCGCCGUCGAUCAAUCGAGCUGCGAAGCCGAGAGUCCCUACAAAACCACUUGUCUUGGCCAAAAAGCCCAGCAACCUCGCUGCCCCGGAGGCUGAGGCACACUUGUCUGAUCGGAGCAUUUCACCUUUUAGUACGCCACCCAGUAGCGAGGGCAGCUCGCCCGAUGGCAGGAAGGGUCUACCAAUACCGAAGCAGCCUCCUCAAAAGUCGACGACUGCUGCUCCUGUGACGCAGAGACCUCGUAACGAUUCUGAUGCCUCUUGGGCACAACGACUUCGUGGCGAUUCUGAUGCGUCCUUUGCUAGCCGUGCGCGUGGUGAAUCCGAUGCAUCAUUUGUGGAGUCGUCUUCACUACCGGACAGCUGGACCUCAGCGCCGACUCAUCCUGCAGUCGCAGCGAACAAAGAUCCGCGCGCUAAUGGCUUCACGCGAUCGCCAACAAUGCCUGCGCGGUAUCGAUCAAUCCAGGGUCGACAAGCUCCAAGCACUGAAGACCUACAAGAAGAUAGGCCGAGGCUGCCAGUGAGACCUGAAUUGCAGACUCGUCGUCACAGCCCUCCCAAAGCUCGCUCGGGCAGGGCCAGUCCAAGCAAGCUCUCCAAUGUGCUGGCAACGAGGAAGUCGUCUGAUGGGCUACGGCGACCAUUUGCUGCCGCCGAGGCAGAGAGUGUGCCCCGGAUCCCAGCCAUAAAGACUGCGCACAAAUCGGCUCUAUCGCAAGGCUUUGGCGGCGUAGCAAUACCUUCUUCUGCGCCCGCGGUACAAGCUGCGCCCAGGUCAAUGUUGACACAAGAUUUACAAAGAGCGAAGCCUCCAUCCACAGCUCCGGCGAUACCUGCACCACGUAGAUCCAUGGACUCUCGACGUCCUCCGCCGCCACCGCCCACGGCUACAGCUUCCGCGAUUACCACGCAUGAUGGAGCUGGACAUUCGCGUGACGACCAAGAGGAUAUUGCCCCGUACGGCUUGAAUAGUGAUCAAGUGGCAGGUCCACAAGACUUCCCGGAUGCGACGCAAGCAAAUCGACGAGCACCGAAGUUCAAAGUCAGGCCUUGGCAGAUCCCAACCGAAUAUGACACGAGGCUAUUCGCGAUCUGCGGCGAGUAUCUAUGCACGAGUGGAUACAUCACGAAAGCCUGGAAUAUACGGACUGGCGCGCAGCUUCUGCAACUGGAGAACCAAAAGGAGAAUGUCAAAGUCACUUCCAUCGUUUUCAAGCCCUCACCUGAAAUAGAAGACGAAGGCAAACGGAUGUGGCUCGGAACCAAUUCUGGUGACAUACACGAAGUCGACAUACCGUCUGAGCGUAUCGUGAAGACAAAGACCAAUGCGCACCCAAGACGAGAAGUGAUUUGCAUGUUCCGCUAUGCUUCCGAACUCUGGACUAUGGACGAUGGAGGCGACCUGUACGUAUGGCGGCCAGAUCAUAAGGGUAUGCCGAGUCUGGACUCACAGACCCACAAUUGGCGCGUCCCAAAGAACCAAAGCUAUGCGAUUGCCACCGGCAGGCAGCUUUGGAUAGCACAAGGCAGGGACAUCAGGGUGUACUACCCUAGUGUCCAGUCAGAUACGGACUUUCAAGUGCUAAAGAGUCCUCUCAAUCAGCCAUCCGCCGGUGAAAUAACCUGCGGUGCCACCUUGGAUGGCAAACAGGAGCUCAUCUACUUCGGCCAUUCUGACGGGAAGGUGAGCGUGUACAAUCGCAAGAACUACACAUGCCAAGCAGUUGUCAACGUCAGCCUGUAUAAGAUAAGUUCUCUUACAGGUGUCGGUGACUACCUCUGGGCAGGCUAUAGCACGGGAAUGGCCUAUGUAUACGACACUUCUACAAGUCCAUGGACUGUGAAGAAGGACUGGAAGGCCCACGAGAAGCCUAUUCUUGGAAUUCAGGCGGAUCCCUCGGCCAUGUGGAAGAUGGGCCGUCUCAAUGUUGUCACAUUGGGGACUGAUCAGCUUCUGAGGAUCUGGGACGGUAUGCUGCAGGACGACUGGGUUGAAAGCCAGAUGCACAGUCGCGAUUCAGAAUUCUGCACCUUCAGGGAGAUGACUGCGGCGGUACUGACAUGGAAUGCUGGAGCUUCGAAGCCCUCGCAUCUCGGCCACAGUCAUGACGACAAUGAGUUCCUCCGCGAGUUCAUGACGUAUCGCGAGGCACCCGACAUCUUCGUAUUCGGGUUCCAAGAGCUCGUCGACCUUGAAGACAAGAAGGUCACCGCCAAAUCGCUGUUCAAGAGCAAGAAGAAAGAUCCUGCUGACCAGGAGCAUAUGUCGCGCCAAUACCGAGCAUGGCGAGACCAUCUUGCGAAGAGUCUCGACGACCACAUGCCAAACAGCGAGACGUACACCCUGUUACACACUGCGAGUAUGGUAGGACUGUUCACCUGCAUCUUCGUCAGAGCUUCCAUCCGUCCACGUAUACGACAUGUGCACACCUCGGAGGUCAAGCGAGGCAUGGGUGGCCACCACGGCAACAAGGGAGCUCUGAUCUUGCGCAUGGUCAUGGAUGACAGCAGUCUGUGCUUCAUCAACUGCCAUCUUGCUGCAGGACAGACCCACACAAUGCAUCGUAACAACGACAUCGCGGAAAUACUGGAAGCUAACGCGCUGCCGCCGUAUCCACUCGACCAAAGCGAAGCAGACCAUGGCGAUGUCUUCGCUGGCGGUGGCGAUGGCAGCAUGAUAAUGGAUCAUGAGAUAUGUGUUUUGAACGGUGAUCUUAAUUACCGGAUCGAUACGAUGGGGAGAGACGCGGUGAUCAAGCAGGUCCAACAAGGUAACCUUGCGAAACUGCUCGAGCGUGACCAGCUGCUACUGAGCAGAAAGAAGAAUCCCGGAUUCCGCUUACGAGCGUUCCAGGAGUCUCAGAUCACGUUCGCGCCGACCUACAAAUACAACGUACAUACUGACGAUUAUGACACAUCGGAGAAGAAAAGGGCGCCGGCAUGGUGUGAUCGGAUACUCUAUCGCGGGCUUGGUAAGGUCAAGCUCGAGGACUACCAGAGGUGGGAUCAGUUGAGGAUAUCCGAUCAUCGUCCUGUGAGUGGAAGGCUACGACUGCGCAUCAAGACUGUUGAUCAGGACAAGAGGGACGUUGUGUGGGAGAAGUGUGGGAAGGAGUUUGAAGGCGUGAGCCAGCGCAUUGCUCGCGCUGCACAACUCGAAUACCUCACCAAUAUCCUGGGCAUGUCUCCUAAAGAAGCCGCUACAGCACUACAGGGCACAGUAUCGUAG